AUGCACCGGCUGUCCAGAUUUGAGGCGGAGGAGGACAAGUUCCUGAAGCGGGAGGAGAAGGAGCAGAAGGGCGGAACGACUUUCCAUUCGAAUAGCGACAUUCACAAGGACGAGCUGAGUUCUUCCAUGAUGUUUUACCCAGAAGAUGCGUUCGGGAGAUCGAAAGCGAGUCUCUCCGGCACGAGUCGCAGUUUAUCCUCCAGCUCAACAUCCCUCUCGGCAUCGAUGAUCGAACCACCGCCGCCGCCGCCGAAACUAUGCAUUGCGAAUAUGUCAUCUGGUUCGGGAGGAAUGCAGCUUGUCAUGCGAAGUCUCGAUCAGAAAAAAACCUGUGUUGCAUGAACGCCAAAAGAUGCGCGAUUCUCGCUAGGCAAAUGCAAAUAGCGGACUUGUCAUGCGGAAUAGGCUUGAGGAAGGUCUGGCGAACUUUGUCUUGCUUUUGCGUGCAUUCCAGACCGUGCGCCUGGUCCGCGAGAUGCAUGACAAAUCUUGCACUCUUCCAGACCCUCCUGACAUCUUUGCAUUUGAUAGGAGCGGACCAUUGGUAUAUCCUUACGGGACGAACUCGGAAAAAACAAAAACAGAACACGACCGUUUUCAUCUUCACAACCGCAACACUCGGCGGGACCAAGAAGCAGAACUUCUGGAGCGACAGAACAUGCUUCGGGGUACAACUACCAUCGAAGAGCAGCGGGGGCCAGGACGAUGAACUACGGUCAAAACGGAAGUAGAUCGGUCCCCUCUCGGUCACCUUCCCCGAAUUUGUCGCGGUCGCCCUCGUAUCUGCAGAAGCAAAGGGAAAAAAGAGCGAUCGGGAGGAGAAUCGACAGGGCCAUGUCGAAAAAUCGGCGGCGAAAAGCCUUUAUGCAGUGCAAAAGUAUCGUACUCGUAUAGAUGCAUUACAAAUUUCCUCAGCGUGAGAAAUAAAAUUUGUAAUGCUGAUUGGCCUUAGGGAAAAAGAUUUGUAAUGCAUGAUAGCAAUACGAGUACGAUUGCGAUACUUUUGCACAGGAUAGCCUUUGACCCGGCGGCCCGCGUGGCUUUCUCGGAAAGUGAAGACGACAGCAGGGAACAAGUAUCCUGUGCAAAAGUAUCGUACUCGUAUGGCAAUCGUGCAUUUACAAAUUUUUUUCUCAAGGUAAAUCCGCAUUGCAAAUUUUCUUUCUCAUGCUGAGGAAUUUUGUAAUGCAUUGAAAUUGAUACGAGUACGAUACUUUUGCAGUUCAUAACAAGAUCUUUUCGACAACUUCGUUCCCCAGCAGCAUCAUGCCGGAAAAACUGCCGGGGCGAACGGGACAAAUUAUUCGUCUCAGCUGAAAGCACCACAGUUGGUAGUUACAUCGGGAGUCGCAGAUGUAUGUGGCAGGGUGAACAAAAAAACCGCUAGUGGAGAGCACCAGCAGGGAGUGUCAACAACGGCCAAAGACGGUAAAAGCAGAACGGAUCAUCCCAACAAGUCUUCAGGUACUAGUACAAUUAGAAACAGUGCUCACUCCAAUAAAGCCUCGAGUGCGGCCUCUCCGAAUAAGCAAAACAGCGGAACGACAGGGAAGAACAAAGUACAAAACGGAGAAGCUGUAGUACCAAACAGCAGGAACAGUGCAAAUAAGAAUAGCAGCAUGAGAAACAGCACUACCGCAUCAACGGUUCAUCCUGCUGGGGGACCCGAGUUGGAGCCCCGCCACUCUUCGCCGGUCAGGAGCAAGAAAGCCGUCCGGGUCACGGACCGGAUUUGACCUCAUCACUUAAAGCUCUUGGGAUGUUGAAGAUCAUGAACACGAUGGAUAACAGCAACUCCGUGCUGUCAGCUUGAGCAGACCGUUGUAGUGGGUCCCCUAGUACUUCCUGUAGAAGUUUCACGGAGGAGCACACAAGAGUUAAGUUUUUCAAGAGGAGACAGACGUCAAACAGUAACUCUUUGAAGAAACACACUUGAGCAAAUGUAAAUUAUCAUCAGCUAGUACCUCCUCGAGACCUAUUCUAUCGACGCAGAUUUUCUCUCAUACAUUUUUCCAAAAAGUAGUUUGCUUAUACACCAACCUCACUGGUAUUCUUAUUCCAUGAAUUUUACCAAAGAAAAAGACGCUGUUGCACAAGUCGGUAAAAAUCAAAAUUAUCGAGACCGACUUGAUUUUUGUACAGCGGUCGUUUUAAUAUUUGUUAUCGUCGCUAUUUUACAUCUUGCAGAUCAUUUUUUCGUAUAUCAAGGCGGUUUCCAUGAAGGUAAAGAUAUCGUAACCAAAUCAAAGCAGAACCAGCAGAAUGUACCUACCUAAUCAAUUCGUGCCUUCGCGCAGCUACUGCUACAGUUACAGUUUCACUAUACUUUUCGUCGCAUAAUUUGAAUUUGAAUUUGUACAACAAGUUUUAAGAAGAUCGUUCUUGUGCUUUCAGGAUCGUUAUAAUCGUUUUCGUUACUCGACGAGCACCGGACGGAGUGCUGUGCGCGCUUGUCGUGUCUAGUGCUCUGCGCCGAAAGUUCUUGUGAAUAAAGUCUCUAAAAGUUGUUAUCAUCCACUGUUACUUACUUAUUGUCAUUGUAUCUCACCUUGACGGAGGUCUUGAAUCUACUUUAGCAAAGCGUCUUCGAAAUAGUUAAACUGGUUUGACAGGUAGAAAUUUAUUCGCUCUCUAGCGCGAGCUGCGGAGGACGCAAUAGCAGAAACAGCUGAGCAAUGUUGAUGUUGUGGCCUUCUGCAUCUUGCUGCUUUAUUGUUUAUUGUUGAUCAUAGCACAACCACAAGCACCACGACUUGUUGAAAGAGAAAAACAAAAACUUCCAUAGAAUACUGUAUCCAGGAAGAAUAAAUGAACGAGCAGGUGCGAAGAUCAUAUCGUCGAUGUACAAAGCACGGAUCUGAACACGCUGUACCAUACGCAAUUUGAAUUUUGUUGAAGAAGAGCCACGAUCAGCUCGGCAAGAAGAAGAACUACAAAAGAAUGC